CCGCGGACCCGCCGGCCAAGGCCCGCGCCCGCCGCGGCCUCGAGAGGCCCCAGGAGGCCCGGCCGGCGGCGGCGGCGGCGGCGGCCAUGGCCGGUGGGCCGGGCCCGGGGGACCCCGCGGCCCCCGGCGCCCAGCACUUCUUGUACGAGGUGCCGCCCUGGGUCAUGUGCCGCUUCUACAAAGUGAUGGACGCGCUGGAGCCCGCCGACUGGUGCCAGUUCGGUGGGUGGCGGCGGGCGGGAGACGCCGGGGCGGGAGGCGCGCGGGCCCCGGGCGCCGGGCCUGACGCCUGCCGCCCCGCAGCCGCCCUGAUCGUGCGCGACCAGACCGAGCUGCGGCUGUGCGAGCGCUCCGGGCAGCGCACGGCCAGCGUCCUGUGGCCCUGGAUCAACCGCAACGCCCGCGUGGCCGACCUCGUGAGCAUCCUCACGCACCUGCAGCUGCUCCGCGCCCGGGACAUCAUCACGGCCUGGCACCCGCCCGCCCCCCUCCUGCCCCCCAGCACCAGCGCCCCGAGGCCCAGCAGCCCCCCCGCGCCCUGUGAGGCCGACGUCCCCCGCCCCCGGAAGCUGCCGACGGCGUCGGCGUCCACACUCCCCUCCCCAGCUUUUCCAGGCUCCCGGACCCAUUCUGGGGCUGAGCUCGCUCCUGUCCACAGCCCUGGCAUCCUGCAGCCGCCACCGCCGCGUCCAGCCCCUUCCUCUACCAAGCCCAGCGCAGAGAGCCCAACGUCGCUCCUGCAGGGAGCCCACCCCUCUCCGUUCUGCUGGCCCCUCAGUGAGAUCUCCCAGGGCACCCACAACUUCUCGGACGAGCUGAAGAUCGGGGAGGGCGGCUUCGGCUGCGUGUACCGGGCGGUGAUGAGGAACACGCUGUACGCGGUGAAGAGGCUGAAGGAGGGGGCAGACCUGGAGUGGACCACAGUGAAGCAGAGCUUCCUGACCGAAGUGGAACAACUGUCACGGUUUCGUCACCCAAACAUUGUGGACUUUGCUGGCUACUGUGCCGAGAGUGGCUUCUACUGCCUCGUCUACGGCUUCCUGCCCAACGGCUCCCUGGAAGACCGCCUGCACUUCCAGACCGAGGCCUGCGCUCCUCUCUCCUGGCCUCAGCGACUGAACAUCCUUCUGGGCACAGCACGGGCCAUUCAGUUUUUACAUCAGGACAGCCCCAGCCUCAUCCACGGAGACAUCAAAAGUUCCAACGUCCUCCUGGAUGACAGACUGAUGCCCAAACUGGGAGACUUCGGCCUGGCCCGUCUCAGCCGUUUUGCAGGGGCCAACCCCGGCCAGAGCAGCACAGUGGCCCGGACACGGACGGUGCGUGGCACCCUGGCCUACCUGCCCGAGGAGUACGUCAAGACGGGGAGACUGGCCGUGGACACAGAUACCUUCAGCUUCGGCGUGGUAGUGCUGGAGACCCUGGCUGGCCAGAGGGCUGUGAGGACGCAGGGUGCCAAGACCAAGUAUCUGAAGGACCUGGUAGAAGAGGAGGCCGAGGAGGCCGGGGUGACCCUCAGAAGCACCCAGAGCACACUCCAAGCAGGCCUGGCCACGGAUGCCUGGGCUGCCCCGAUUGCCAGCCAGAUCUGUAAGAAGCACCUGGACCCCAGGCCCGGGCCGUGCCCGCCGGAGCUGGGCCUGGUCCUGGGCCAGCUGGCUUGCUGCUGCCUGCACCGCCGGGCCAAGAGGAGGCCCCCCAUGACCCAGGUGUACGAGCAUCUGGAGAAGCUGCAGGCAGCGGUGGCAGGAGCAGAGGCUGCCCACCACGGCCCCCCUUCCCCGCAGGAGAACUCGUACGUGUCCGUCCCCAGCAGCGGCGCCAGCCCACCGCAGCCCCUGGUGGCUCCAUCGGGAGCACCGGCCCAGGCCACGGAGUGGCUCCAGAAAGGCCCCAACCAGCCCGUGGAGAGCGACGAGAGUGUGUCCGGCCUGUCCGCCGCCCUGUGUUCCUGGCACAUGAGCCCCAGCUGCCCCCCAGGCCUGGCCUUGCCGGGCAGCCCUGCGCAGGGGGUCACCCUGGGGGCCGUGGCCCCCCUCGGGCAGGCCGGCAGUGCUCGGGGGGGCGCCAGCCAGGAGCCGAGCUGGGGCGGUGGCCCAGGGCCCCAGCUGACAGCUGUGGAAGGAUCACUGUUGAGCAGCUCCGCGUCAUCGCAGCCACCGCAGAUCGUCAUCAACCCGGCCCGACAGAAGAUGGUGCAGAAGUUGGCCUUGUACGAGGACGGGGUCCUGGACAGCCUGCAGCUGCUGUCCUCUAGCUCCCUCCCAGACCUAGGAGGGGAGCACCAGCACAGGCCGCGGCCCGAGGAGAGUGAUGAAUUCCAGAGCUGAUCUGCGCACCUGGCACAUUCCCUAAACCUGGAAGUCAAAGUUCUCAUAGUCGGAAGUUCUCAUGGCUCUCGAAUCCUCAGCGGCCCGUGGGCGGUGGGGGGUGGGGGCCGCCUCCUCACAGGGGAGAGCAGGUGCUGGAGCCCCCCAGCUGCUCCAGGGGCGUGGGCACGGGCUGGGCUCGGAGCCACCCCGGCCGGCUGCUGGAAGCUGUCAGUAAGGCAGGACAUGUCGUAAGGCCCGCCGUCAUUCCAUCAUUUGGGGGACAGGAAAGCCGUGAUCGUUGGAGGGGUGCCGGGGUGUGGGAGGAAUGCACGUGUGGGGCUGUGGGCCGCCCGGCCGGGGAGGCGACGUGAGCGGGGUUGCCGGCACGGGGCGGAGCAGGGAGCUGGCUCCCCCAAGAGCUGCGCGGGGCCCACCUUUGCCCUUCUCUUUGCACUUUGGCCAGAGCCCUGGGGACAAGUGGCCGCUCUGUAGAGCAGAGCAAACAAGGCCCGGGGCCCUCCCGGCCCCUCAUAAUUUGGAAAAGUAAGGUGUGGCCAUCCCGUGGUUCAGCUCACCGGCUCGAGUGCAGUUGUAGGACACCGCAGAGAGUCCAGCAGUGCCCCGUCCCCUCUCACCAGGCCACUGUCUGCGGGCUGCACCAGGGACCCGGGAGCUAAGGCUAACGUGACCGCCUGCUGGCCAGGCCACCCCUGGGUGCGCCCACCGACGGCCGCCAAGCCAGGGCAGGCCCCGGAGGCCACUGGGUGUCAGGCCCAGGCACUGAUUGUGACAGAGGAGCCACGACCCAAGGUGGGGCUAGGCCCAGACCUCGUGCUACCCAGACUGCGCGAAGUCCCCGGAAGUCGGGCAGGUGGAAAGCCAGACGGGGCAGGGUGGGGGGCAGGAAACAAGACAGGACUCACGCGUGCAAAGCAAGUCCACUUUUGUGCAAUUGAGCGUGUUCGAAGGUAGCACAGGCUUACGAUGAUUUCGUGUCCGCAGUCAUGAGUCACACUACAUGCCCACGAAGCUAGGCGUUGGUGAAGUCCAAGCUGUCCUAGAGGAAUAAAAGCUUACGUUUCAA